AUGUUUCUUCCUCUGCUACUAACACUCUCGACCUUGCUGCAUUUUUUUCAUGAUAUUGCAGCAGAAAAUCUCAACAAUAUUCGACAAAUAAACAAUGCGCACUCGAUGCAUUGGGUGCGAGGAUCCCGUGCGGCGCCAGAGCUAGAACUGACAUUACGUGUGGCUUUAUAUCCACAAAAGAGUGAUGGUCAACUCAAUGAUCUUGUUCUUGCUGUGACAGACCCUGUGUCACCUCUUUACGGACAAUAUUUGACGAGCCCAGAGCAACUUCAAAAACAUUUUGAGCCAUCAAACACGAGCCUUCAGAGUUUUCUGCAUGUGCUCCGAGACGUGAAAGAAGUGGAAGCUGUGUCAAUGGAUAUUGUUCAGGAUUUCUGGCAUCUUAAACUCUCUACAGCCACAGCUGAGCGUCUUUUUAGUACCGAAAUGUUCCACUAUACUCAUCGACAGUCCUCAAAUAUGUCGAUUAUACGUCCCCAUGGAAAUUUUAGUGUCCCAAAUGAGCUUGAAGCAAUUGUUGCAUACGUUGAUGGACUUGAAAGUUUUCCAACUGAAAUGCAAGCAAAAUUCAUGCAAAAAAGGGUAAAUAAUGCCAAUGAUCCUUUUUUGAUCAAACAUGAACCAUUUGUUACCGAAUUUCAACAGUUUGCAACACCCGCUAUCAUUCGUCAACAAUAUGAUAUUCCCGAAACAAAUUUUGACAAUGUGUCAAAUAAUUCAGCAAGUGGAAAAUCUCAAAAUUAUCGCACAAAACUUGUUGUGGGAACAUUUUUACAUGAAUAUUACAAUGAACAUGAUUUGCUUGAAUUCUUAGAGACAAUCGACGGUCAACAUGAACCAAUAAAGUUGCCACGUACUAAUGGUCAAUGUACUUCUAUGUAUCCGACUGGAGAAGCAUCAUUGGAUAUUCAAAUUGCAGCAUCUCUUACAAGUCAUAAAGAUGGUGAUGCUUCUAAAAUUGAAAUGGUAUGUUACACGCAAUUACGUGAUUCGAAACGCAAGUUUGCAGCAGACAAUCAAGAACCGUUUUUGACAUUUUUACGGCAUGUAAAUGCGAUGAAUCCUCCACCAACUGUAGUUUCAAUUAGUUACUCGGAUGAUGAAUGUAGUAUACCCAUUGCAUACGCAACGAUUGUAAAUCGGGAAUUGAUGAAAGCAGCACUUCGUGGUAUUUCUGUUCUCGUAUCUACUGGUGACAAUGGUGUGCGAGGAAGUCAAUUGGCACAAAAGUUUUGCAAUAUUACAAGCUGCAAUCACUUUAUGACGAUGUUUCCAGCAUCGUCUCCAUAUGUUACUGCAGUUGGAGCAACAACACUUGCUAUCGAAUCGAAAAGUAGUAACAAGUGGAAAGAAACAGUGACUUCUACUAGUGACCCAAGUGCACUUAUCACUUCAGGUGGUGGUUUUAGUGAUCUCUUUGACAUGCCUGUGUAUCAGCACAAAGCAGUAACCUCCUAUUUGACACUUGCAAACUCAACUGGACUUUCACCAUUCUUUCGAAUUACUGGAAGAGCGUUGCCUGAUGUAGCGGCUGUAGGUCAUGCUUUUCCUGUGGUUAUCAAUGGAAAAGUUAACGCAAUGGAUGGCACGUCAGUGUCCGCUCCUGUCUUUGCGUCGAUGAUAUUAUUGCUCAAUCAAGCAUUGCCUCAAUUACCACCACUUGGAUUUUUAAAUCCACUUUUCUAUCGAUUGUAUGAUGUAUGUCCACAAGUUUUCGCAGAUAUAACACAAGGAAAUAUUGCAUGUGGCUCCAAAGGAAUGACUUGCUGCAAGAGAGGACAUAGUGCCACAACGGGAUGGGACGCAGCCUCAGGACUUGGAACACUUCAAUUCUCUAGAAUGCUGACGGAUCUACCAAAUUGUUUGACUCGGAUCAAAUCUGCAAGUGAUUUAAAGAUGACGGAACAACUUGCAGAUAUGUUACGAGAUGCAGAAUCUGAUCACAUUUAUGAGAAGAAAUGGACACCUGGAGAACAACGUGCGACUCAAAUCAUAGGUAUCAUUAGUCUUAUCGGCGCAAUCUGCUUAACUGCUCUUUUUGUUUCUCUGCGUAAACAACUCUAUCUCGGCUCUAAUGAUCUUCAUACACCAGUGUCAAAACGGUAUGGAUCGUGUACUCAAAACGAUUCAGCUCGUGAAUACCUGCUUUCCUCAUAA